UUCCGGUGGGGCCGAGGGUUAAUGGGCCGGAGGGUUUUCCGGGCUACUGUUUCCGUGGGCUGCGGAUGGCCCAGGACUGCUUGGGGGGCGAAGCGGCGAGUCCGGAGCUGAGCCAGAAGCGGGCAGUCGCACUUGAAGCCUGGCGAAACACUCUGAUGGCAGCUCAGAUGACUGAUGCUCAUCGACGGUUCUUGCAGAUUCUGAUGUCUAAUGGGAUAACAGAAGGAUCAGAGGCCAGGAAAUUACACCAGCACUGCUGUGAAACUGAUAGAGUUUACUAUGCACAUGAUAAACUGGAUGAUUUCAUCAGCACUAUUAAUAGCCACCUGCAGCCUUUGUUUAUGCAGAUCCGGAAAGGAAUAUCGGAAGAUGAUGGGAGAGCACAUUAUGCUGUAGUGAAUUUGGCGGAAACUGAGGUAACUAAAAUGGCAUCUGACUACACAGAAACGGAAUUAGAAUUGUUUAGAAAAACAAUGGAUCUAAUAAUUUUAUCAGAAAAUGGCUUUGCCUCAUCUACAGAUAUUUUAAACUUGGCUGACCAACUUAAGACAAAGAAAAUGAAGAAAAAAGAAGCAGAACAAGUGCUGAAAGUUUUUGUGGAGGAUAAGUGGCUCUCUGAGAAAAAUGGAGAAUAUACUCUGCAUACUCGUUGCAUAAUUGAGAUGGAACAGUACAUUCUCAGCAACUACCAGGAUGUGGCAAGGAAAUGUAACAUCUGUCGCAGCCUCACCAUCCAGAGCCAAGUAUGUGAAUCCUGUGGAAUUGCGAUGCACUUACCUUGUGUCAGAAGGUACUUCAGAGGCCAGACUGAACCCCGCUGUCCCAAGUGUAACGAAUUCUGGUCUUGUGACACCCCAGGUGUGAGUCGGAUGGGCUCCCAGUCACCACAGAGCUCCAUUCUUGGCCCUAGAUGAUGCCAGUUAAAUUUGAUGUCAGUGACAUCUGUUUGUCCCCACUCUGGCAGAGGAACCAGACUCUAUUGUAUUCAUUAGUAACAAUGCUCAGUGUAGUAAUUUUCUAAAGUUCUAAAAAUCUAAAAAUAAAACUAUCAUUGAUCUUCCUGUUCUCAGUAA